AUACACCUAAUCCAACAUACUUUAACCGAAAUAAAGAAGAUGAAGACCUAAUCGCCUCCCCGUCAUUAUCGAGUUCUGUCUCCGAUCGGAAACCAAUCCAUCCGCAUCUAAUACGCUUUUACGCGACAAUGCAGUACAUUCCCUCUUUCGUUUCUCGAUCAAUAUAUCUGCACGAGAUUCAUCAGCGUUAACACCAACAUAUCUCACGUCAAAAUGCAGCGCUUUAUCUCGUUACUGCUGAUCCUCGCGAUACACCAAUCUAGUUCCUUCGUUCUCGACGGUUCUUCGAACUCUUACUCCCAGUUCCGAAAGUGGGGUGGUGGUACCAAUGGAACUCUAGAAUUUGAGUUUAAAACCGACCAACCAAACGGACUUUUACUCUACACAGAUGACGGAGGAACUUAUGAUUUUUUCGAGAUCAAACUCGUCGAAGGAGCAUUAAGACUCCGAUAUAACCUCGGUGGUGGAGCUCAGAUCAUUACCGUAGGCAAAGAAUUACAUGACGGUCACUGGCACAAAGUUCAGGUGCAGAGACACGAAGAACGUACGAUUUUGACGGUGGAUGGGGUGUCGCAGAUGCGUACUUCCAGAGGGAAGGAGUUCAAUUUCGGAAAGUUUGAGACGAAUUCGGACGUGUAUAUCGGGGGUAUGCCGAAAUGGUACAACAAGAAGUUGGCGUUGUUGGCGUUGCCCAGUGUGAUCUUCGAGCCGAGGUUCAUGGGGGCGGUGAGGAAUCUGAUUUAUCCGGAUCAGGAGGCGGGAACUGCAAGGAGACAGGAGACUAGGCCUAAGGAUCACCGG